GGGAAUUUCAUUUCCCCGCUUAUUUCUCCCCCAAAAUUUUCUAGGUCUCAAAUCGAGGGUUCAACUUUGCAGUCAAUUUUAAGGCGCACCUAUCGAAAUCCUAAACUCCAUUGUUCUAUUCAAGUGAAGGAGAAGAAACAAUCGUCGUUCAUGAUCAGGUACCGGUUCCUUCAAGUGAAAUCAAUUGGCGCAUACAAAUUCUAGUACUCUCAAACAUCAUUUGUCGCCAUUAGGAUCGAAGAUCUCACACUUUAAGGUAUGGAACAAAUGGCUGAAUCACACCGCACAAAAAGGACAAGGAUUAGUUGGAAAAAUAAAAAUGUUGUGAGAACUUUUUUAGAGGCUUGUAUUCUUGAGGUUGCUAUGAAUAAGAAAGAAGGUGGGAGUUUGAAAGCACUUUCGUGGAAGAAAGUUGCCGAAACUCUAAAAUCAUUGCACAACUUUGAAGUUAAUCGGAAACAAAUGCGAAACCACUUUGAUUAUUUAAAAGGGAAAUACAAAGCGUGGCUGAAACUGAAAAAUAAGGGAGACUAUGUGUACGAUCCUUCAACCAACUCGUUUAAUUUGACACCUGAGCAAUGGGAAUUGGAGAUUCAGUCAAAUAGAUACGUUGAAUCGUUAAGGACUACGAGUCUCCCAUUUCCUGAGUUGUGUGCACAAUUAUUUGAGGGCGGUGUUUCCAUGGGAAUCGGAAGCUUUGAACCGUUAUCAAAUGACCUCGAGCCAAGUACCGAGCCCCUCUAUCUUCACAACAAAGAGGAGGUGCUGAUCUCCGACUCACAAUCCACGUCCUCAAUACCCGCUUCUUCAUCUCAUUCUCAAGUAAGAAAAAACAAGAGAAAAGGUAACCAAUCAUGCUCCGAUAUAGAUGAGAGAAUAUUGAAUAUUCUAAAAGCUUUGAUCGCAAUACUUGGGAACCGAAAUAGAGUUGAACCUCCCACAUAUAAUGCAUGUUUACAAAGACUUUAUGAGCUUGGAUGGGCAAAAGAUGAUCCAUUAUUUCGUAUUGCAAUGGCUCUUCUUAGUGAUAAAGAUAAUAGGGAGGCAUGGAUGACGAUACCACCAGAAUUUGCGGUUGAUUGGGUUAAAACUGUUGGAGACAAACAGGGCUAUAAGUAGGUGGUUAGAUGUCUAUGCCAUUUGUUUAUGAUAUUAACUGACUUUUAACUUUAUCAUGUUUGAUGACUCUUGUUUGGAAGUUUAUUAAUGAUGCUUGCAAAUUUGUUUAUAAAUAUUUAUGAUCGGAUAUAUAUCCAUCAACUCUUGAG